AUGGACGACACCCGGGCCUGGCACCACGGAGGGACCAUGAACGGAGUGGCCACGCGCGGCGGGCACAGGUCUGGCCACUCCAGGGGCAGAGGUCAAGCAGAGCCCGGGCUCCUGGUGGGAGGGGGUGGGAGUCCCACCGUCUGGCCCCGUCUGAGUCCAGGCUGCCUCCUGUCCCGGGUGCAGGGCCCGUCCGCCACUGCCCGGCGGCACUCGGCCACGGCAGCCCACACUGCAGAGGCAGCCGGGAUGGCAGAGGGUAGCCGCCUGCGCUGGGGACCACAUUGCCAGCAGCUCCUGCCCAGCAGAGCGCCCGUCACCGCACUGCUGCCCCCACGCCUGGACGGGCCCUGGAUCUCCACUGGCUGCGAGGUGCGCCCGGGACCCGAGUUCCUCACCCGCUCCUACACCUUCUAUCCCAACCGCCUCUUCCGCGCCUACCAGUUCUACUACAGGGACCCCUCGUGCCGGGAGCCCGCCCACUCACUGCUCAUCAAGGGCAAGGUGCGCCUGCGCCGGGCCUCCUGGGUCACCCGGGGCGCCACCGAGGCCGACUACCACCUGCACAAGGUGGGCGUCGUCUUCCACAGCCGCAGCGCCCUGCUCGACGUGGCUGGGCGCCUGGACCAGAGCCGGGCUGGCCGGGCCUGCGCGCACCGCCUGCCCGCCGCCCGGGCCUGGCUGCCGGGGGCCCUGUACGAGCUUCUGGGUGCCGGGGCUGAGCGGGACUGCGCGGCCGCCUUGGGCUUCACCAUGCACGAGCUCAGCCUGGUCCGUGUGCAGCGCCGCCUGCAGCCCGAGCCCCGGGACGCGCCCCGGCUGGUGGAGGAGCUCUACCUGGGGGACAUUCACACCGACCGGGCGGAGCGGCGGCACUACCGGCCCACCGGUUACCAGCGCCCGCUGCAGAGCGCCCUGCACCACGCCCGCCCCUGCCCGGCCUGCAGCCUCAUCGCCCGCUCCGACGAGCACCACCCACCCGUGCUGCCCCGCCAGGCGGCCCUGCCCCUGCGCCUGGGCGGCCGCUGGGUCAGCCCCGGGUGCGAGGUGCGCCCUGCCGUGCUCUUCCUCACCAGGGUCUUCACCUUCCAUGGGCACAACCGCUCCUGGGAAGGGUAUUACCACCACUUCUCGGACCCCACCUGCCGGCAGCCCACCUUCACCGUUUACGCAGCCGGCCGCUACACCAAGGGCACGCCGUCUGCCAGGGUUCGUGGCGGCACCGAGCUGGUGUUCCAGGUCACGCGAGCCCGUGUCACCCCCAUGGACCGGGUCACCACGGCCAUGCUCAACCUCUCCGAGCCGAGCAGCUGUGGUGGCCCGGGGGCCUGGUACCUGGGAGCGGAGCGGGAUGUCACCGCCACCAACGGGUGCCUGCCGCUGGGCAUCCGGCUCCCCCACGUGGAGUACGAGCUCUUCAAGAUGGAGGAGGGCCCCCUCGGGCAAAGCCUGCUCUUCAUCGGACAAAGGCCCACUGACGGCUCCAGUCCCGACACCCCGGAGAAGAGGCCCACAUCCUACCAAGCACCCCUGGUGCUCUGUGACAGGGUGGCCUGGGGCUUCUCCAGGCCUCCGCAGCACAGGCCUCUGCCGCAGACGCCCGUCAGUGGUGGGGGGCUGGGCCCCCCAGCGGCCCCUCUCCCCUUCCUGCUUCUGGUUCUCGGGCUGGCCUUCCUCCAGUGGCUAUGA